AUGAGGGCGGCGAUGGCGAGCUCCUCGAGGGGCCGCCACGGCUCGGCCAGCAGCUGGGAGGCGGCGAAGGCGACCACGGCCAGCAAUACUACACCCAGGCAGGUGGCGCUGUCGGACGUGGACGCGGCCGUGGGCCAGAAGUUCGCGCAGGAGCUGGAGCAGCAGUUCGGCAGCGGGCGGGUCGUCUUCGUCAAGGCGGACGUCACCGACGCCGCACAACUGGAGGAAGUGUUCAAAAAAGCGAAAAGCACCUUCAAGCGCCUGGACAUCGUCAUCAACAAUGCUGGUAUCAUGCGGGACAGCAUCUGGGAAAAGCAAAUCGACAUUAAUAUGAAGGGGGUGGUGCACGGGAUGCUGCUGGCGUUCAAGCACAUGGGCAAGGAGGGCGGCGGUCCCGGCGGGCUGGUGGUCAACGUGGCGUCCAUCGUGGGCGUCUCCGUGGUGGCCAACCUGCCCAUCUACUGCGGCACCAAGCACGCCGUCGUCGCCAUGACGCGCGGCUACGGGAUGCCGGUGAACGUGGAGCGCACAGGCGUGAAGGUGGUGGCGCUGUGUCCUGGGGCCACCGACACGCCACUGCUCAACGACGCCAAGCACUACCUGCUGCACCCGCAGCUCGCCGGCGACCUCCAGAACGCCAUCGACACCUUCGGCAUGAACAAGCCGGAGCAGAUCGCGGAGGGCCUGAUGCACGUGAUCCGGAACGCCGAGUCCGGCUCUGCGUGGGUCUCGAACCUGGGAGACCACUACGAGGUGCACUUCCCGCAGCUCCACAAGUGAGGCGCGCCCGCCACGCCUCUAGCGCUGUACUCGCCCGCUCUACGCAUCCUUUACGAUGUAUGUUUUAUU